AGCUUUAUGUCCUACCUUUCUUUCUUCAUAAAUUAGAAAGCCUCCCCUCACCUCCCUCACCUCACUCUUACUUCUUCACCCGUCUCUCUGCUCGUCGUCCUCCUCGUGAUGGAAGCAAGCGCCGGUCUUGUUGCCGGUUCUCAUAACCGGAAUGAGCUUGUUGUCAUUCAAGGCCAUGAAGAGCACAAACCGUUGAAGGAUCUGAGUGGACAAGUAUGUGAGAUAUGUGGAGAUGAGAUCGGACUUACCGUUGAUGGAGACCUGUUUGUUGCUUGCAACGAGUGUGGUUUUCCGGUGUGUCGCCCUUGCUAUGAGUAUGAAAGAAGAGAGGGCAGCCAAAACUGUCCUCAGUGCAAGACCAGAUACAAGAGGCUCAAAGGGAGCCCCAGGGUGGAGGGAGACGACGAUGAAGAAGACAUUGAUGACAUUGAGCAUGAGUUCAACAUAGAUGAUGAAAAUAACAAAAACAACCAGGUUGCUGAGGCAUUGCUUCAAGGGAAAAUGAGCUAUGGACGAGGUCAUGAUGAUGAAGAAAAUUCUCAUUUUCCCCCUGUUAUAGCUGGUCUUCGUUCUCGACAUGUGAGUGGAGAAUUUCCGAUCUCUAGUCAUGGUGCAGAUCAGAUGCCUUCGCUGCAUAAGCGUGUGCAUCCAUAUCCUUCGUCUGAACCAGGAAGCGCGAGAUGGGAGGAUAGAAAAGAUGGAGGAUGGAAUGAAUGGAAACUGCAGCAGGGGAAUCUGGGGCCUGAUCAUGAAGAUUAUAAUGACCUAGAAAAUGCCAUGAUUGAUGAAGCAAGGCAACCACUCUCCCGGAAAGUACCCAUUGCAUCCAGCAAGAUCAAUCCCUACCGCAUGCUCAUUGUUUUAAGGCUUUUUAUUUUGGCUGUGUUCCUCCGCUAUCGUAUCCUUAACCCUGUACAUGAUGCCAUUGGGCUCUGGCUGACAUCUGUGAUCUGUGAGAUAUGGUUUGCCGUCUCAUGGAUCCUUGAUCAGUUCCCCAAAUGGUUCCCCAUUGAUCGAGAAACAUACUUGGAUCGCCUCUCUCUCAGAUAUGAGAAAGAAGGAGAACCAAAUAUGCUGGCACCCAUUGAUGUCUUUGUCAGUACAGUGGAUCCAAUGAAAGAACCUCCUCUAGUUACAGCCAACACUGUGCUAUCUAUACUAGCAAUGGACUACCCAGUUGAGAAGAUCUCAUGCUACAUUUCUGAUGACGGAGCUUCAAUGCUUUCCUUUGAAUCACUCUCAGAAACUGCAGAAUUUGCUAGACAAUGGGUUCCUUUCUGCAAGAAAUUUUCCAUAGAACCUAGAGCUCCAGAAUUUUAUUUUUCCCAGAAAAUCGAUUAUCUCAAAGACAAGGUCCAACCAACAUUUGUGAAGGAGAGGCGUUCUAUGAAGAGAGCCUAUGAAGAAUUUAAGGUUCGGAUAAAUGCAAUGGUGGCAAAAGCUUCAAAAGUUCCUCCAGAAGGUUGGAUCAUGCAAGAUGGAACACCAUGGCCAGGAAAUAAUACAAAGGAUCACCCAGGUAUGAUUCAAGUAUUUCUCGGCCACAGUGGAGGACAUGACACUGAAGGAAACGAACUUCCUCGUUUAGUUUAUGUCUCUCGUGAGAAGAGGCCUGGAUUCCAGCAUCACAAGAAAGCUGGUGCAAUGAAUGCCCUGGUGCGCGUCUCUGCAGUUCUAACAAAUGCACCUUUCAUGUUAAAUUUGGAUUGUGACCACUAUCUAAACAACAGCAAGGCAGUUAGAGAAGCAAUGUGUUUCCUGAUGGAUCCACAAACUGGGAAGAAAGUUUGCUUUGUCCAAUUUCCUCAAAGGUUUGAUGGAAUAGACCAGCACGAUCGAUAUGCCAACAGAAACACAGUAUUUUUUGAUAUUAACAUGAAAGGGCUAGAUGGAAUUCAAGGUCCUGUAUAUGUGGGCACAGGAUGUGUCUUCAAAAGGCAAGCCUUGUAUGGGUAUGAACCACCUAAGCGUCCUAAACGGCCAAAGAUGGUAAGCUGUGACUGCUGCCCAUGUUUUGGUCGCCGCAAGAAGCAUCAAAAGUCUAAACAUGGUGCCAAAGGAGAUGCUAACGUAGACCUUCAAGGUUAUGAGGAUGAUCAAGAGCUCUUGAUGUCCCAAAUGAAUUUUGAAAAGAAAUUUGGACAGUCAGCAAUUUUUGUGACCUCGACAUUGAUGGUUGAUGGCGGUGUUCCUCCUUCAUCAAGUCCUGCAGAACUGCUGAAGGAAGCCAUUCAUGUCAUCAGCUGUGGCUAUGAAGAUAAAACAGAAUGGGGUGUUGAGUUGGGUUGGAUCUAUGGAUCAAUUACUGAGGAUAUCCUAACAGGAUUCAAGAUGCACUGUCGGGGUUGGAGGUCUAUAUAUUGCAUGCCCAAGAGACCCGCAUUUAAAGGGUCUGCUCCGAUCAAUCUCUCUGAUCGACUGAACCAGGUGCUUCGUUGGGCCCUUGGUUCUGUUGAAAUCUUCUUCAGUCGGCACAGCCCUUUAUGGUAUGGGCACAAAGGAGGCAAACUGAAGUUUCUUGAGCGUUUCGCAUACAUCAACACUACUAUUUACCCGUUCACCUCCUUACCACUGCUCGCCUAUUGUAUACUCCCAGCUGUCUGUCUACUCACUGGAAAAUUCAUCAUGCCAACGAUAAGCACUUUUGCAAGUCUUUUUUACCUUGGGCUCUUUCUAUCAAUCUUUGCCACUGGUAUCCUUGAGCUCAAGUGGAGUGGAGUUAGCAUCGAAGAAUGGUGGAGAAAUGAGCAGUUUUGGGUCAUUGGUGGAGUGUCAGCACAUCUCUUCGCGGUCAUACAGGGGCUUCUCAAGAUUUUGGCAGGCAUUGAUACAAACUUUACUGUCACAUCUAAGACAGUUGAUGACGAGGAUGAGUUUUCUGAGCUAUAUGCCUUUAAGUGGACGACCCUUCUUAUUCCUCCAACCACAAUCUUAGUCAUCAACUUAGUAGGUGUGGUUGCAGGAGUCUCUGAUGCCAUAAAUAAUGGCUACGAAUCAUGGGGGCCUCUCUUUGGAAAGCUUUUCUUUUCCUUUUGGGUGAUUGUCCAUCUUUAUCCGUUCCUGAAGGGUCUCAUGGGGCGGCAGAACAGGACACCAACCAUUGUUAUUAUUUGGUCAAUUCUAUUGGCCUCUAUCUUCUCCUUACUCUGGGUGAGGAUUGACCCAUUUGUGAUAAAAACAAAGGGUCCUGAUACCAAGGCAUGUGGACUCAAUUGCUAAGGUUGUAGUUUCUGAAACAGCCAUUGCCCCAAAAAAACAAUGGUGAUAGUGCAUUUGGCUUAUGUAGCACUGAAGAUUUUUGUCAGAAAAAAGGAUUGUAAGUUUUGCAAUGGUGUAAAAACAGAUUCACAGAAUCACAGGUUCAUCCAACAUAAUUGAUAAUUGAUUAGCUUAGUGAUUUGCACA